UAAUCCAAAUGACCAAAAAGCGGCCGAUUUCAGUCGGUAAACCAAUAACAUCCGGACUAGCACGCAGGAAGCAAUCCACACUGCCUUAACUGACUGCUGUGAUAUCUUCCGUCGCUGAUACGCUGGCGCUACAGCCGGUACAUAUACCAUGAGAUCUUCUUUAUUACUGUCAACGGCCGUGCUGGUGGUGCUGUGCAUUUCGCGGAUAGCCGCCAAAUCUGUACAAUCCGUGGACGAAGCCGAUGCUGUGGAACAUGCUCAAACGAGGGGCCUUUUCGGACCAACAGUCGGAGCUUCGUGGCCUAGCGCAACUAUCCCGUACACCAUCAUAAGAGGGUUCACUGACGGGCAUGUCAGGCUUAUCAAGAAAGCACUGGACAAAAUCACAAAAGAUAUGAACGGAUGCAUAAAAUUCCAAGAGGUGGCACGCUCCAGCUGGACGUUUAAGAUUCUGUUCACGCCUUUCGAAAAGGACGACCGCACUCCCGCCACCCGCUGCUCCGCAUACUCUGGAUACUCCAAAGCCUUCUUCAGUCUGGCCACUGAACAGAGAAUCACCAUCGUCGGACGCGGUCCACAUGCCUGCUCCAAUACGGUGCGCGGCAUCAUGAAGUUCGUCGUCAUUUCACUGGGUCUCAACUCGGAACACAGACGUCCCGAUCGCCACAACGCUAUCGAGAUGUUCCUCAACAAUAUCAUUCCUGGUUUGGAGAUUGCUUUCCCUACAUAUAAUGACAACUCGUUUGCCAACAUUUGCCCGUACGAUUUGUGCUCCGUUACCCACAAUCAACCGGAAGAGUUCAGCAAACCCGGCAAGCCGGUAUUCCACGUUAAAGUGGCGCCGUAUUUCAUUCCCCAGUUGGACGAAUUGUCACUGUGUGACUGUAAAAAACUGGCGUCGAAGUAUCCGCGUCAAUGCAGUGCAGCAAAUUGCCACGCCGUUGAUUGUAAAUCAGUUACACGUCCAACAACCAUUGGCCCAUCGACCACACCCACCACCACCAAAGCAUCGAAACCCAGCACCGAAGUGCCACAUCUGGCUACCACACCGGCACCAACAACGACCACAACAGAAGCGACUACACCAACUACCACCGAGUCGACUACCACUGAUACCACUACAGUCGAAACGACAACGGAAACAACAACCGAGACUACUACCGCUGAGACCACUGCUGAAACCACAGCGGAAACGUCAGCCGAAACUACAACCGCCGAAACCACUUCCGAAGCUAGUGCAGAAACCACGCCCGAGGAAACAACAGCGGAAACCACCGCGGAAGUCAGUGCGGAGACCACUCCGGAAACGUCCGCGGAAACGACGAGCGAGUCACCUGCGGAAACGACUUCCGAGGCGACGCCCGCUGCAGAAACUACCGAAGAAGGUCCGGCGACUGAAUCAACCAUUCUCAUAUCGACUGAAGAGACAACGGCCAGCGAGAUCACUGAUACAACCAUCGAAGGCGAAACAUCGGAAGCAUCGUCUCCUUCCGGUGAAUCCACCGCCGCGGACACCACUACGGAAACCGCAGAACCGACACCAUCGGCAGAAGAAACAACAACUUCCGAAGCGGCCGAAACCACCACCGAACCCGAUGAGACACCUUUCACUGAAGCGAGCACCGAGUUGGUGUCCACUGAGGAGACCACACAAGCGGAAACCACUGGUGAGUCUACCGAAGGUGAUACCACGGAAGCAACGACCCCAGCUGACGAGAGUACGACCGAAGCGGUGUCAGAUGAGACCACAUCCGAGCCCGACGAAACGCCGUUCACCGAAGCCAGCACUGAACUGGUGUCCACAGAAGAAACCACUCAAGGCGAAACUACUGACGCAAGCGAGACCACGGAAGCAUCAGUGUCCGAUGAGACAACAGCGGAGGCAGAUGCUACGACUCCCGCGGAAGAAACCACCACUGCGGAAUCGGCCGAAACCACAGCCGAGCCGGACGAGACGCCCUUCACCGAGGCCAGCACCGAACUGGUAUCGACGGAGGAAACCACCGAAGGCACGGCUGAGACUACCGAAAGUGCAACGAGUGAAUCAUCCCCGGCCGAGGACACAACAGCCGGUGAGUCCACUGGCGAGACGACCGAAGGCGACACCACGGAGGCCACAUCACCAGCUGACGAAACCACCGAAGCGGCAUCGGACGAAACUACCACCGAACCCGAUGAGACCCCGUUCACCGAAGCCAGCACGGAACUGGUUUCCACCGAAGACACCACACAAGGUGACACCUCCGACACCACUGCCGAAAGUGAGACCAGCGAAGCCACGUCACCAGCCGAUGAGACCACGACACCGGCGUCAGAUGAAACCACCACCGAACCAGAUGAAACUCCGUUCACAGAAGCCAGCACGGAGCUAAUGUCGACCGAAGACACUACCCAGGGCGAAACCACCGAUACCACUGCUGAAAGCGAAACCACCGAUGCCUCGUCUUCCGACGAAACAACAGCUGCUGCCCCCGAUACCACUGCUGAGACAGCCGAAUCAGGAUCCCCGGCUGAGGAGACCACCACCUCCGAAUCGGUGGAAAGCACCACCGAAUCUGACGAAACACCGUUUACGGAAGCCAGCACCGAGCUGGUUUCCACUGAGGAUACAACGACUGCUGAAACCACGGGAGAAACGACCGAUACCGAGACAAGCGAAGCAUCAUCACCAGCCGAAGAGACAACAACAGCGGCAGGAGAGGAAACGACGACGGAGCCUGAUGAGACGCCAUUCACCGAGGCCAGCACUGAGCUCAUGUCCACUGAGGAGACCACUCAAGCAGAGUCAACUGCCGAGGCCGAAACAACGGAAGCCACGUCACCCGCCGACGAAACCACUUCCGGACCGGAAGCGUCGACUGAGACGGAAACCACUCCGGAAGGCACCAGCACAACGGGCGCGGAGGAGACCACUGCGGAAGCUUCCACCGGAGAAACAACCGCCGAGGCUGCAUCCGACACAACCACGCCGGAAUCAGUGGAAACGACAACGGAGGAAGAUGAUACACCCAGAACCGAAGCCAGCACCGAGUUGGCGAGUGAUGCUACCACCGAAGCCGAAACAACUGCUGGAUCCACGGAAGGUGACACUACCGCCGCGUCGGAAGCUUCCAGUCCGGCGGAGGAGACAACUGCGGAAACCAGCGAAGGUUCCUCGCCUGCUGGUGAGACGACUGUGGAGGACACUACUGCAGAAACUACCGAAGGUGCCAGCACAUCGGCGUCGUCGUCCCCGGAAGACACAACUGCAGAGGCGUCUACUGACGCUGAAACCACAGGUGCCGAAACUUCGGAGGCAACCACCGGAAGUGAAACUUCCGAAGCGGCUGAAACUUCAGUGGAGACAACUGCGGAAGCUUCCACCGAGGGGACAACGGAAACCGAAACAACCGCCAUCUCCACAGAAACCACCCGUGAUGCCACGGAACCCGAACCCGACACAACCGUGGAGACCACAACACCAGAGGAGACUACCGGCAGCGAAACCUCAGCGGCAGAAGAAACCACUUCCGCCUCUCAAGAAGAGAGUACUACUGCCGCUGAAGAAACAACUGCCGCUGAAACCACCACAGCCGGACAACCAGAGCAGACCAGUGAGGCGGGCGCAGAAACCACGGAAGCCGCAACAACCACCCAGGCACCCGAAGAAUCUAGUCAAUCGACCGAAGGCGCCACAGAUGCCGGCACCGGCAUGACCGAAUCGGAAUUGGCGGCCGGUACUCCGGCGAUCGAUGUGACCCUCAAGCCCAACCAGCAGGUCACCUUUAAGCCCGAACUUGAAAUGUCACAAAGAAAAGGUCACGGCGUUUUAGUUGCACAGGAGAGAAAGAUAAGCACAGCGACCGAAGUCCCCGUGCAAACAAAUUGGACCGCAUCCGCAUCGUCGAUGCCCAGUAAUUUUUCAAUCUCAACCACGCCAAGCUCAAUCCCAGCUAGCGUUACAAACAGCACCACAUUUAUGGGUUCCAGCACAACCGGCAGUAACACAAGUAAUUCAACAUUAUCGAGCACCUUUCUCACGACAACGCCCUCCGUGCAGCAAGUUUCAACUACGACCACCAUCAAAGCGGUGUCGACACCUGGACACGGUUCCCCUAACAGCACUGCCGCCUUUAGCACAACAGCCAGUAGUUUGAUAACCACUGCAACUCUUGGAUUCACCUCUCCGAAUGGCUCCGUUACCACCCCCAACCUGAACCAGACAUCCAGCUUCACCGUAACCACGGCACAUUCAACUAAUGCAACGGGGCUAUCUACAACCGGUAGUCCAAAUAUCUCUACCGUAGUCACCACAACCACUAGUUCCAAUCGGACAUCCAGUGUCACUUUGACUACAGGGCAUUCGACUAAUUCAACGUGGGUACCGACUACCGGCAGUUUGACAAGUACGGUUGCGGUAACCACCACAUCUAGUCCGAAACCGACAUCAGGUACCACACUAACCACGGGACACUUUACUACUGCAACGUUUUCUACCGGCAGUUGGAAUGCAAGCACGAACCACUUGAACUCAGUUUCUUCAACGUCUGCCACCCAAGCAGCGACGACGAACUGGACUACGACGACUCCUGUGUCCAGUACCAGUACAAUGACCACUACCCGUACAACGACUUCUUCGACGAUAACUACGACUUUUGUUGCUAGCACAACGACGGGCAGAACAAAUACCUCUUCUGCGAACUACAGUACAACAGGGCAUAGUACAACUUCCGUCCCUAAUCCUAAUUUGAAUGCAACAAGUGCCCUGACGAGCCGUUCCCCAAAUUCCAGCGUAACCGGAAACGCCACAACAUUUCACCACACUAACAGUACUGGAACACUGACCACUCCCUUACCGGCAGUUUCUAACGCAACUGUUUUCGCCAGUGUUCCCGCACAUUUCACUGUAACCGGAACUGUGGUCACUCGUUACCCUAACAGUACAACCGGAAUUCUCAACACUUCCGCCCAAAAUCUUAAUGUAACAGGGAUCUGGACAACUACACCCGCUUCCAGUAACGCGACACUAACGACUAGUACUGCUGGAACACAUUCUCCUGCUACGACUACUUCCCCGAAUUUUACUGUAACUGCAAGUGCAACUACUCAAAGCUCUACCCUGAACACAAGCAAGCUCUCCACUGCUUCCGGAAAUCUAGCAACAAAUUUUCCGAAUGUUAGUGGAACCGGAAGUGUGGCCACUCUUUUCCUAAAUGGCACAAUAGGAACCGUAAGCGCUAGCACGGUUUUCCCAAAUUUUAAUGUUACAGGACCACACACUAGUGUAUUCCCGAGUUUCAAUGCAACUGGCGGCGUGACAACUCCAUCUUCCAGCUUUAACACAACUGGAAUUUGGGCGACAGGUCUUACAAAUUUUAUUCCUACUAACUAUAGUGGAUGGACGUUCGGCUAUAACAAUACGGCAGUCGUGCCCAGUGGCGGAGUUUGGAACUGGACCACAGCAAAUGCCAACGUCCCCGCUUCGAACACGACAUUUUCGCUACUCAACACGACACCGGCGUCCCUUAACACUCCUCACAAUAUGUUUUUCUAAUCAUUUGCUCUAUUAAUUGUGAGUAUUACGAGUAAUAAUGGGGUAGUCACUGUUUACUUCUUGGACACCCUAUUCUGUAUUUCUAUAUAUCUACUUACAGUGCUAGUGCUUUAUUAUUCCUUGCUUCAAUUAUAGAAUUAUUAGUGAUAAUACUUUGUAGUACGUAUUGAAUCAUCCAGCUCCCUGCUCGUGUUCAUACAUCCAAUACAAAACUGGCGUGAAGCUGUUUA